AUGCUGUCUACACUUCCUCUCAUUGCUACGGCAGUCGGCCUCAUUCCCGUGUUUGCUCAAGCUGCAGACUGGCACUUCUUGACCUAUUUGUCUCCAUCUGGCGCUAACUUCACUCGUUUCGCCGGCGACAUGGUGGCACCUACACUUCCUGGCGCAGGAUAUUACUACCUUUGGCCUGGUCUCCAAGACUCCGAUCACACCGGAGUAUUUCAGCCCGUGCUCGACGGAAGAUCAGGUUCCUGGUGGUUCUCUCCCGGAUGGUGCUGUGGUAAUCCUAGUCUGUCCUGGGGUGGUGGUAUAAGUGUCGCCAACGGCCAGACUGUCCACUACGACAUGGCUCUAAACUCCAAUGGUACCGCAUAUGAUACCAAUGUCAGCAAAGAGGGCGCCUCCGUAGAUGGCAGUUUCCCCCUUGCCAACAAAAAAUUCAACCAAGCUGUGUUCGCAAUCGAACUCAACGGUGUUACUUGGGAUUUCGGCCCCCUCGCUUUCAGCAACAUCGUCAUUGAAUCAACUGGUACCGAUGCCUCAUGGUGUAACGACUCACCUUCCAACUACAAUGGUGCUACCAACUUCACCAUCACUGGUGCCACUUCGACUAAAACUGAUAACAAGGUUAUCUGCUCGAUCGAUUCGCUCAUCUUACAAAAUCCUAUUUAG